GAGACAAAAAGGAAAGACACAGCAGUCUACGUAGGACCCUCAACGAACUCCAGGCUCAAGGUUCCACACAAAGCAAAGGAGCGUAUAGACAUCAUCAUGACCACCAGGUUUUUGCUGCACAUUUGCCUCAUACUGCUCUUCUCCACUGAAAUCUCAUCUUGGCUCUGUACCAUGCUUCACUUCCAGCAGAACAAAGUGAACAAAGAGAGCUUAGAGCUUCUGCAGAAAAGGAGCGGAAAUUUCCCCUCACAAUGCAUAAAUGAAAGGGCAGCUUUCAAGCCCACCCAGGAUAUUGUCCAACUUUCAGUGGCCCAGAAGGAGAAUGCCAAGGUGGUAAUUCAAGAGAUCCUCCAAGAGAUCUUCAACAUCUUUACCAAAAACCUCACCCAAAGUGCCUGGGAUGCCACUUCCAUAGUCAAGUUCCAAAAUGGCCUUUACCAGCAAAUUCAGCGGCUGGAGGCAUGUUUGAGAGCACAGAUGGAGAAGGAAUUAACCAACCUGGAAAGUCAGGACCUCCAGAUCACCAGUCGGAGUGUGAAACAAUACUUUCAGGGGAUAGAUGCUUUCCUGAAAGAAAAGGAUUACAGCCUGUGUGCCUGGGAGUUCAUUCGCAUGGAAAUACCCAGAUGUUUUGUACUGAUUGACAAACUCACUCGACGGCUGAGUAACUAA